GAACUUGUUAUAGAACCUCCACACUGUCUCUGCAUUUACUGUAGGGAUUCCUCAAGUGAUUGUCAUGACUAAAGUGGAUGAAGCAUGUCCUCCGGUCAAAAAUGAUCUUAGGAAGAUCUACAAAUGCAAGAAGAAUAAAGAGAAAAUGGAGUUGUGCAGUCCCAAAGUAGGUGUGCCAAUGAGCCACAUCUUCCCAGUGAAGAACUACCAUAAUGAGAUUGACACAAACGAUGAGACUAAUGUUCUGAUACCUAAGGCACUUGAUCAGAUUGUUUAGAUUGCCAGUGAUAGAUUGGAGGAUAGUGAAAUCUAUACUGACAAGUAAAUAAAUAAAAAUUAUAUAAAUAUUAUUAUAAAAUAAUUAAUGCAUUUAGAGUGUGUGGUAGAAACAUUCAUUUCUAUUGUUUUUUGCAUGAUCUUAUAUGCUUAUGGAACAUUAUAUACUGCAUGUGUUUUCUUAGAACUGCUGUGUAGUCACAGUGAGAAAUUGGUUUGGGGCCUAAGCAUAAGAUGUAUGGGUGACAAGAGAUCCACAGGGCCAUGUUGGGCUGAGAGGGGGAACAACUGGGAGACCCACAGACGUCUGUCCAUGACAUAGGAGGUCAUCUAGGCCUUAAAUAUAGGGGGAACCAAUCUUUAGAAGAAUGAUAUAGUAGUGUGUUUUUGACUUUCAAUGUGUGGAAAAAUACAGCUGCUGAGAGUUUGUAACCUUGACUUGGAAAAGAGAUAUAAGGCGGAGGAUCGCCCUCCCUUCUUUGUCACACUCUGCAGCGACUGUGUUUCCUGCGUGAUGUCUGACCUUCUUUGCAAAGAAUAAACUUUUUGAAAAUACUGAGAGCGAGUUUGUCUCUUAUGCUGAUGAGAGUUGAUUUAAUUUUGCCACAACAAUCUGGUGUCAGAAAAGUGGGAUUCCUUGGAUGUGUCUUCUGGACCUGUGAGCGGAACGGUGACCGUACAUCCUGGACGACAGAAGUUCAGCCCUAACCCCGACUAGAUUAAAGGGUGAGAGGGACCGACCGCCGAGGCCCGGAGGGGACACCACUGGAAUCAGAAAACGAACCUGGGUGGCAACAGGACUCUCGGGUAAGAGACAAAUCAUAAUCUUCUAAAGAAUUUGGGUUUUUGAAAUUAGAAUUGGAAUUAAGAUAAAGGGAAUAAACCAUAGUGGUGGGUCUGACUCUGUGGAAACGCAAUCAAGAAGGAGAAACUGAGAUCACGUGGGCGGAUGCAGCACAGUUAAAAUAUUUCUAGAGAGAAAUUGAAACUGUGGGUAGCAGAGCGGCGUGAUUGAGACGUUUCUGGGGGAGAAUGCGAUUGUGAGAAUACAGCACAGUUAAUACAUUUCUAAGGGGGAAAUUGAAACUGCUGCAACUGGUGUGAUUGGAAAUUGAGUAAGAAAUUGAGAUCAAGAACGAUCCAGAGAUUUCGGUCCAGAGAUUGAGAUCACGUGCAAGCAGUUAACAUAUUUCUAAGAGGGGAAUUGAAACUGUGUGGGUAUUAAUCGAAGCUGCAGGGAGCCCUCCGCCUGUCCGGCUUUGGGAUAAAGGUUGGAUCUGUUAGAGACGUCUGACAGAUUAUUUAGGCGCCAAAGGGAAAUCCACAGAGAAAGAACCAGCCAAUAUGGGGAAGUCCCAGAGCAAGCUUACUAAAUAUGAUACACCGGUAUUUUGUCAAAUGAAAAAAGUAUAUGGCCAGAAAUGCAUGCAAGAUAUGGGGAAAUUAAUUAAGUAUCAUGAUUUUCCAAAAGAGGGAACACUGAGUGUCAAAAGAUUGAAUGCUGUAAAGGAAUCAGUUGAAGAGGGUAGCGAGAAACUAAAAGGGUGUUGUGUGAAACAUAUGUGUGAAAAAUGUAAACAAACUGUGAAUUACUGGAUAGAGGAAGCAGAUAAGAGAGAAAGAAAAGCAAUGCAAAAAGAAUUAGCAGGUAGAAAAGAGGAAAAGAAAAUUGAAAAAUGUCAAGGAAAACUUACUAACCGCUCUGAUGUUUCUGUCUCUAAACAUGCACCACCUCCCUAUCCUCACUAUCCCGUGGCGGAGCUGCAAGCCGUGAAAAUGGACCCUGACCUCGACUGCUCUCCACCAAGACCAACAGCACCACAGGCAGAAGCAGAACGCAGACAAGAAAUAGAGGAAGACCCAGAAAUGAUUCCUGAAAACCCCAAUGAAGAAGUUGAAGAGGAAAUAGCACGCAGAGCACCCCCGACAAGGAAAAGAAAAACAAGACAAACAGUAAAAGAAGAAAAUGGUUUGGUCUUUAGACCCUGGGAUGUGACUGAUACGAAAGAAGCGAUGGCUCAUUUGCCGAGCCCUGACGAAGCAGGUAACAAAUUUUCCACAGAGUUAGUCACCUUCUGCCAAGAAUUCAGCCCCACCGUGCAUGAACUGAGAAGGCUGCUGGCAGUGAAACUGGGGGCUACGAGCUGGCAUAAAGUGAGCGGAAAGCUGCAGAAAGAAGACUGUCGGAGAGAACACUGUGAAUGGGAACACCGAGCUAACGUAGACUACCGCACAGCUGUUGAAGAGCUGGCUGAAGCCAUAAAAGUAGCAUUCCCAGUGCGUGUGGACACAGCAAAGAUUGGCAACUGCUGCCAGAGCAGAGAGGAGUCUGUUCAAGACUAUUACAACCGUCUAUAUCUGAUUUUUAAUAAACACAGCGGAUUAGAGGAGCCAGAGGGACGAGGGAAUCAACCUGGCACAUGGGAAUGUCAUCUGCGGAGCUGGUUUCUGAAUGGACUGAGACCUGAGAUUGCGCAAGCAGUCAAAACCAGCUACAUUGAAUGGAAAAGUGGACGACUAUCUGCUGUUUUAGCACAUGCUUUGCACGCAGAGGAGCUGCAAACAGCCAAGAAGGAAAGGGCUAAAGCCAAGACCGACAAAGAAUGGCAGCAGGCCUUAGUGCAAGCCGUAUCGAAGCCUUGGGGCUUUUCUGUGCAGCGAAAUCAGCAAGCAAGAGGGGGGAAAGGAAAAAGACAAGAAGGAAGAUACUCAAAUGUGACUGAAAGAAAUUCUGAGAAAUGGGGUUGUUGGAUCUGCGAAACCAAUGAACAUGUACUCAACAAGUGUACCAAAUGCAGACUGUGCAAGAAGGAUGGUCAUUGGGCCAGGAAUUGCCCAGAAGACCAGCAAAAUCAAGAAGCAGACUGAAGCAAGGGACGGAGAGCAGGGAGGAGGGGUCCAGGGUGAGCAACCAACAGCCACAAGUCAGGGAAGUGAAAAUUUUCUAACCACACACACACACACAUACACAUACACGGAUUUACAUUCUGCUCUCUGCAAUGAAGAAAAAGCUUGCAUUUCUUUGUGUAUUUCUGAUUUGAGUAAUGAAAAUUCUGAUAAAUGUGCGAUGAUGUACAAAAGUGAAGCUUUUAUGAAAAUGCCUAAAUAUCCCAUGCUAGUGGAGGGAAUAUUAAUUGAGUUUUUAUCUGAUUCUGGGGUUUCAAGGUCAUCUAUACGACCAUGUGACUUGCCAUGUCAACCGUUAUUAACAGGCGAAACAUGCAGUUUGUGAAAGAUUCAUAGUGCCCUUAAAUUGUGAAACAGAGCGGGGAGAGGUGCUGAAACGUGCUUUCAUUUAUACUCCAGCAUGUCCAGUACCCCUCCUGGGAAGAGAUCUAUUGUGUAAGCUAAAUUUGACACUGGUUGCAGACUCUUGGGGUGUCCGAUUGGCAGAGAGAGAGCAAUUGUGCUGCCUGCAAGCAGAGCCAAAAUGGGCAUAUGAAUGGCACAUCAUAAAUCAUGAUUGGGCUGAAAUGAUGUGUGAACUGACUAAAAGUCAAACCAAGCCAAUUAACAGAGAAGUUAUGUUGCCUAACAAUUUGCAUUGCACGUCACAUGUCAUAGUGAAAAAGACUGGAAAAAGGUUUAAGGGAGAAAAAAGGGAAACUUUGAGUUUUGAAAAAUUAUUUUGGACAGAAAAUGUGUGUGCAGUUUCAGUUUGUCUGACAGGGAAACAGCUUCAAUUUUAUUUAAUGGCAGGAGAUUCUGUGCCUCACUUAUCACUAUCCAAGGCCAAAGAACAGACAUGGUCUGGGUUAGGGCUGUUUGUGAAAAACUGUGUUUAUGUUACAGACUGGAGUGAGAUAAGCGCUGGUGUGAAACACAGCGAGAGUCUAGAAGCAUAUAUGUCAGAGUGUAAGCACGAAAUUGGGGUAGAGAGAGUUGUGGUACCCAUUGACAAAAACGCAAAGGAAAAUCACUGCAUGACAAAUAUUUGUGCUUCAGACAUACAUCCGGCUUUGGGAGAAGUGCCAUCGGAGCUGUGGGCGGGGCACAAAUAUGAUGUGGGAUUGAUUAAAGGAUGUGAACCGGUUGUAAUCACCCCUAAAUCUGAUUACAGGCCGUGUCAGCAUCAGUAUCCUCUAAAACCAGAGGCAAUUCUUGGUAUAAAACCAGUGUUUGAGUCCCUAUUAAAAGAGGGAAUAAUAGUGCCAUGCAGUGAUUCUCCAGUGCGCACUCCGAUUUUUCCUGUGAAAAAGAUAAGAGGCAAAGGUCAACCCACAAGAUUUACAGGCAGUAAAUGCAGCGGUCAGACAAAGGGCUCCAUCAGUGCCAAAUCCAUAUACGAUCUUGUCACAAAUACCACAAGAUGGCAACAUUCUUUUCAGUGGUAGAUUUGGCUAAUGCAUUUUUUAGCGUGCCAGUGGAUAAAGACAACCAAUUUUGGUUUGCAUUUGAAUUGGAUGGCAGAUGCUAUAAAUUCACGCUAUGGGGAAUCGCGAUUCGGUACAAUGAAGCCUUUGGAACCUUUGACCCUGACAGCUGGAACCGCUUUGUUACAAUACGUGGAUGACCUUUGCUUGUGUGCUCGAGAUGAUUCUACGUGUGUAACUGAUACUAUGACUCUCCUGAAGCAUCUGGCUAAGGAGGGCCAUAAAGUCAGCAUGAUGAAGCUACAAUUUGUGAAGCAGCAGGUUACAUUUCUGGGGCAUGUAAUAACAUCCAAUAGCAAAUCACUGUCAACAAUGUAUGGCUUGAAUGGAUUAUCGUUGUUAUUGUGCCUACCUUGUAUUUUUCAGUUUGUAUCCAGCUCAGUACAGAGACUGAUGAAGUCUAGUAUGUCACAUCAAAGGGUUUUUAGACAUGGGUGAAGAGAGAAUGGAUGAUGGAGAAACUAACAGUAGUGGAAGUUACAGUGAAAUGUGCUAAACAAAUUAAGAAGACAAUACUUUGUAUAUGAAACAAGGGGCAUUUGGCCAGUGUUUAGCCCAGCUAUACGUAUACUGUUUCUUGCUAAAAUUAGGGACUGUCCCCACAUAAAAAGCCUUAGCAUGUUUUUCUGAGGAAUUUAAGAGAGUGAUCAUUUAUAUGAAAAUCUGAGAUGAAGAGUAUAAAUGUGAUGUAAUAUCUUAAAUUUGCUUUAUUAUCAUUUUGAGUUUAUUACAUUUAAUCUUGGUAAAGUAGUAAGAGUUUUAAACAUUGUAAUGAAUUUUUGUUUUAAUUAGUGAUCAAUGAAUGAUAAAAUGGGGAAAUUGUGGUAGAAAAAUUAAUUUCUAUUGUUUUUUGCAUGAUCUUAUAUGCUUAUGGAACAUUAUAUACUGCAUGUGUUUUCUUAGAACUGCUGUGUAGUCACAGUGAGAAAUGGGUUUGGGGCCUAAGCAUAAGAUGUAUGGGUGACACGAGAUCCACAGGGCCAUAUUGGGCUGAUAGGGGGAACAACUGGGAGACCCACAGGCGUCUGUCCAUGACCUAGGAGGUCAUCUAGGCCUUAAAUAUAGGGGGAACCAAUCUUUAGAGAAAUUAUAUAGUAGUGUGUUUUUGACUUUCUUUCUAUGUGUGGAAAAGUACAGCUGCUGAGAGUUUGUAACCUUGACUUGGAAAAGAGAUAUAAGGCUGAGGACCGCCCUCCCUUCUUUGUCACACUCUGCUGCAACUGUGUUUCCUGUGUGAUGUCUGACCUUCUUUGCAAAGAAUAAACCUUUUGAAAAUACUG